AUGGCCAACCUCGUCGCUGGCGCUCCCGCCAUCGAGGCCAACGGCACCCGCCGCAAGCUCACUACUACCUCGAUCCCCACUGUCACCGACACCACUUCCACUUCCACCUACUCCUACUCCUGGCCCACUGAGAACUGGCCCACUGGUCUCCCCAUCCCCGUCCUGACCACCAUCCGCCCCGAGGAGCCCACCUUCACCCCCACUCAGGUGCAGUCGUACAGCACCGUCCUCCACACCCGCAAGAAGCUUCCCCAGACCACCUCCACCGCUGACGUUGACGUCGAGAUUGAGUACGUCACCGUCACCCACGUCGUCGAAGGCCCCGUCACCACCGUUGGCGUCUAA